GGAGGAAGGAUAGAAGAAGAGAAGAGAAUGACAGAAGAGAAGAGAGGGAAAAACUUGAGGAAAGAAAAAAAGAAAAAAAAACAGGAGAAAAAGAAGCAGGGAAAAAAGUAAAAAAUAAAAUUAGCCAAAUUGCUGAAAUCGCUGAAAUGACGAUUGAGGAGGGUCAUGGACAUUUAAAAGAAGGGAUUAAGGGAGGAAGGGGAAGAAGAAGAGAAGAGAACGACAAAAAAGAAGAGAGUGAAGAACUUGAGAAAAGAAAAAUAGAAAAAAAAACAGGAGAAAAAGAAGCAGAAAAAAAAAUAAAAAAUAAAAUCGGCCAAAUCACUGAAAUUGCUGAAAUUAUAAUUGCAGAGGAAACAGAUGUUGUUUAUGCAAUUUGUCAAAUAAAAGAUUGUACACGUAAAUAUGCUCAUCAUGGUUCUACAACUAAUUAUACAAAACAUCUUCGUGAUGAUCAUCAUAUUACUGAAGCUUCAUUAUCUUCAAAAACUCCAGAAGAAAUAAGCAAUCUAAAACAACCAAAAAAAUAA